AUGGCUAUGGCGAUGCCUGGGAGAAAGCAAGCCGAUGCUUCAAACAAUUGUUUCCCACACAGCAGGCGAGUAGCUGUAGGUGUGUGGUUGACUCGAACAAACGACGGAUGCUCGGGGGAGGGUACGGGAGUGGUUCCCGGUUCAAGCUUCAGGAGAGGUGCCGAGCAAAGUGAAGUGCACAGCAAAAAAGACCGAAGCGGAAGUUGCGGCAACAAGCAGGCAAGGGCAGAAAAGGAGACGAGGAGGAAAUUGACCGGUCCUCGUGUCGAAAUACCUUUUGUCCUCGCAGCAACUCGGGGAAGGAGAGGAGGAGGAGGAGAGGUGGGAGGUUUCGGUAGGGGCAAGGAGGAAGGAACCGAAAAGAGGGAAAGUGCGAGGGAAAGUACCUCCUCCACUGUCUCUUUUGCUCCUGGGGAACGACUCCCAAAAAAAGAGGAUUGCAAAAAGCCCGGUGUUUACAACGGUACGUAUACCUAUUCCUAUACAGUAGAUACCCAGGCAGUACUUCCCACAAUUGGUCUUUCUUACCUGUCUGACGUUGCCUUUCUACACAAGUACAUGGCAACACCAACGAGUAACAAGAGACGACGACCGGCAGGAACAAAACAAGAUGCUGUCCAACGAUCGAGGGCGUGUUUGGUGGGCGCAAUUGGUCCAUGUGCAGCUGCACCAACAGCACCCAACACCCAGGGCAUUGCCGGGCUUGCAAUUUUGAUACGACUGGUGGAGGCACCCCUGCAAUGCGAGGUGUUUGGCACUUUCCAUCGUGAGGUGGCCAUGAAGAUGAACCCAUCGGGGUUGCUUACGGAACCAAUGCAAGCUGGCGACGAAUUCUCUUUGGCAGGCACCCUGAAAUCCCUCGCUCAGUUUUCUCCUCCAUCACCAUCGUUCAUGUGUAUGGGUCUUCUCGACUUGGAGAACGAAGAGAACCAUAAGGGCUACUGCAUAAGGCCGGCAGCCCUAGUGCUGCUCCUCAUCGGCGACCAAAGCCAUGUUCUUUCUCAAAACUGCAUCGUGUUCCCCGCGAUGUCUCGUCUCAUAAGCCUGCCUUGCCUUUGCUUUCUGCGAGCUAAUAGUCUCGGUCUAGGACCCCACGAGCUUCGUCAACUGCAUAACCCGCCCCAACUUCUCAAGUCCCCUAACUCAAUGGAAUGUCCCCUAAGUAGGAACCCAAGCGCCAACAGAUCCGAGGUGCCGAAGCACAUCUGCUGGAGCCUUUGGUUUAGGUGCCUUUCCCCUGUCGCACUUGGGAGCGGCGUCAGUGCUGUGCCGGAGACUGCGGCCGUGCUCGUUGCAUCUGGCCUUCCUGCCUGGGCUGCCAUAUUCUACGGAGUACCUCAGGUACCUCAGAGAGCAGCAGCACGGCAAGGGAAGGGCCACAUCAGCGUCCCAUCGCUUGACCCAACGUGGGAAAAUGGGGUCGCGAAUGAAAUUCCAUCCGUGCUAAAGAACGGAAUGCCACAGGCUGUUGACUUCAAUUCCCGGGGAUACGGGUCUACAAGACGUCGGAGACAGCUUCAGCUUGCUUACCUUUCCAUAGCCUCUCUUCCCACCACUGCUGCGACUCUCACCCCCUUUGAACAGAGCUGCAGAAACCACCACAUUUUAUGCACGGCAGGGCUCAAAAGUCCACUCUUCGACCACGGCGCCUUUUCCACGUUCCCUCGGGAGGGAACCCUUGGACAUAGCCACGCUCUCUUGCAUACCGGCUCCUUGCCGCCGUCGCCGGAUGCUUGGAUCUUCCCUAUCAGCAGGGACCCUUCUUCUCCCCUUUGCGUCUUCUCCGUCCAGCACGAACCCGUCACUCACGUCCCUCGCGGCAUCGCCCUCGUCGGGGACCAAGGUAUCGUGUAUCGACCUCUAUUGUUCUCCGGGGUUGCGCCUAUGCGGCUUUGUCACACACUUAACUCCGCGACGAAGGAAUUCCUGUUUUGGGUUCUGAGCAUAUCAACACAUGCUGAUGGAUCGACCAACCUUCAGAGGAUCAUUGCCAUGAGCAAUCCAUAA